AUGCAAAGAGCUUUACUUAGUUCAUUAACUAGAUCAGUUGCUGCACGUAAUACAGCACGUUCUAUGAGAGUAGUGAGACCAGUUGUUGCUAUCCCAUCAUGUUAUCAACCAUUUGCCGUUCGUUUCAAUUCGACCAACGCAGCCAAAGAAGAACCAGUCAAGACAGAAGAAGAAGCCAAGACUGAAGAACCAGCUAAAGAAGAACAAGAACAAGCUGCUGAAGAAGCUAAGGAAGUUGAUCCAACUGUAGAAUUACAAGAGAAGUUACUUAAAAAGGAUAAAGAAUUAGCGGAAAUGAAGAAUCAUUAUGCUAGAGCCAUUGCUGAUUUCCGUCAUUUACAAGAAACUACCAAGAAAGAAGUUCAAAAGGCAAAAGAUUUCGCAUUACAAAAGUUUGCUAAGGAUUUAUUAGAAUCUCUUGAUAAUUUUGCAUUAGCUUUAGGUCAUGUUAAACCAGAAACUUUAGAAACUAAUCAUGAAGUUAAGAAUUUAUAUGAAGGGGUUGAUAUGACUAGAAAUAUCUUUGAAAAGACAUUAGGUAAACAUGGAAUAGAGAAGAUAGAUGCUAUCGAUAAAGAAUUUGAUCCAAAUUUACAUGAAGCUACUUUCCAAGUUCCACAACCAGAAAAAGAACCAGGAACUGUUUUCUUCGUCCAACAAGAUGGUUAUACCCUUAACUCAAGAGUUUUAAGACCAGCUAAGGUUGGUAUUGUUAAGGGUGACAGUUAG